GCAGUGAUUCAGAUGGGACUACACUGUCCCUGGGGUCACACACUGCACUGCGAGUGGCAGAGCCCAACAGUUUGCAACAGCAGGGACAGCGUGGGCCGGGCAGUUUGCAGAUCCAAAGUAGUUGAGAUAUAAAAAAGACUUUGAAACAUGAAGCACAUUGUGCCUGCGCCUGCUCUACCUGUAGAUAAUAGAUAAAUAAUCUAAAUAGACAACAGAAAUAGCUCCUUGGAGCAGAAAGAUAAGAAGAUCCCAGGGGAGAUCUUCAGCCAGGAGGGUCCCUGUGAUAACUGAUAGCAGCCAAGCUGGUCAAGCUGUGUGCUGAAGCAGGGAGACGAGAAAGAGAGAGGAACUUUUAGAAGAGGAAACCUCAGCUCUGGCCCACCAGAGGGUGAAGAAUAUCCUCUAGGUUGCUUCUGGCUCAGGGAAAACACAGCUGGGCACARUGCCUGCUGGAGGGGAUGCCACAGGAUUUCCUGGCCAGAGGGGAGGAUGUCUUUAGCUCUGCAGGGGCUGGCCUUGGCUACAGACACAGCUCUAGAAGGACAUGGCACAGCCCUGCAGCUGCACCCCAGCACCCUGUACCCGCUCUGUGCCCCAGCUCGCUGGCAGGGCUGCCUGGGAUUCCCCGGGUGGGCAGAGUCACUUGUUUACACUUUACCACAGUCAGUGAGAUAAUGUCAGUGUUAUCUGUACCCCAAGCAUCCUGUUUGGCAAACCCUUAUCUGAGCCACGCACACGUGGCUGCUGCCAGGUGCCGGGAGCCGCAGGCAGCGUGGGCAGUGGUACCUGUGUGGCCAGUGAUGCCCAGUGAAAAGGCUCUCCAUCACCAGCUCGGCAGUGACAGGCAGGACACAGAGAGCUGUUCUACAGCUGAGGCCAAAGAAUAUCUCUGAGAGGGUCUGGAUGGGAUGACCAGGAGUGAUUUGCCACAAAAUACCCCUGUGUUCCAUAGCCAGGGCUGUCCCAGUGCCCCAAGGUCCCUGUGGGUGCGGGGUGCACGGUACUUGCCCUGGUUUUCCGGUCCUGGCUAAUCCUCACAACUUUCUCAGUCACUCGAACCCAAGGUGGCACUCAAACGCGUCUCAAAGUGUCCAAACACUUUCAAAUUGUGAGAAAKAUUUUAUCAGGUGCUGCCUGAGGCGGGGCAGCAGCUGAUGAAAGGGAGCAGGAGGAGGGUCCGGCUGCUGAAGCUGUGCGCUGGCACACUUGCCCAACGGGAUCCUGCAGCUCAGGGACACCCUUUGGGUCAAGCACUUCCUGGGGCUCUGUGGUGGGAGGGAAUCUCAGGAGAUGCCUCUAAAGCCUCAGGGACAGCCACCCGUGUCCCCAGGGAGGAGUAUACCCCAUGGCAGCAGUGGGGCUGCACCCAGGGGUGUGUGUCCCCGCCGGUACCACCCCACAGUCCCGACGCGGCGCAUCGGGUGGCUCCUUGCGGGGCGAGCGGGGCUCCCAGGAAGGUGCCCGCUGUAUCGCAGGCAGCAGCCGAGCCGCACGGGCUGUGUCGGGGUGACUCGGUUCCUCUGCGGUUUGCGGGGGACAUUGCACAAGGAGGGGAACAGGCUGUGCCGCCGUGGGGCGGGAGCCUCUGCCGUAAACAACGCCCAGCCGUGCCCCUUCUCCAGAGGCAGAGCCUGCGGCAGGGGCUUUUGGGCACUGAGAGCAUCCCCCGACUGCUGCUCAGCGCCGGGGCACGGCAAAGGAGGCACUUCUCCAUUCUAGAUGYCUGGGUCCGGAGGSACAGGGAGGAGGUGACACAGGAAAGUGUCCUUGUACCUGCCCCMUUGAGCCCAUGCUGAGCAAAGCCCUGGCUGGCAGCUUGUGCUGUGSCCUCGGAGGGGUGGCUGAGGGGACRGGGUGCACCAUCCUGGCACUGCUCAGCAGGGACAGAGCCAUCCUUGGUAAGCAGGGCAGCAGGGACUGAGCAUGUGCCCUGCAGCAUCCUGAAUCCCUUCCAGGGGAGCCAACCUUGGAAGUCACCCGAGAUGUGACAGGGUUCCUGGUGAUUAACCAGCUCCCAGAGGAGCUGAUUCUGGUCUUCUCUCCCUCCUGUCAUGUGUACCUUUCCCCACUACCUGYAAAGCAAGCCUCAGUAACCAUCUUGCCAUGUUAGGACCCCCUCUCUGAGCCCAGGCACCUGUCCCCACAAACAGCUUCAACUUGGUCAGGUAUUGUCUUUGCAGCUGCAACAGCCUCUGUGUCUUAGCCACCUUGAUUUUGUUUUUAAAGGAAUACCACAAACUAUUUGUAGUUACAAAAACAAAGGUGGGAUAUAUUUUUUUUCUAUUUUUUUUUCUACUACUCUGCCCUACCAUGCUGGGUUUCAGCAGAAGUGAAACUGGCAGGGGCACAGCCUGCUCUGCCCUGGGGCGUGCACCCAUGAACACCCCUCUGAGUUUCAGCAGGUCUCUCACCAGGGAGAGAGUCAGCUCCCACCCUGCCCAGGUGACCCUCAGCAUUUGGAGAUGCUCUCCUGUCCCAGCAGCUGCCCCUCAGCCUCUCUGCCUGCUUGGUGCUCAUUCCCUUCCCAUAACUGACCCCUCUCAAGCAGAUGAGCUGCUAGAAAGCGAGCACUCCUGAAUUACUGGACACACAGACUCAACAAUUCCAUAAAAAGAGACAAGUGCAGUAAAACAUUUUCAUAGGAAGAUAUCCAGAGACAGGAAGCAAAAUUAAUUUAUACUGGCCAAAAAUAAUGUAAUUGUAGUGGUUAUGGCUUUUGUGGGAUGGGUUCCUCCUUUUGUCUAGAAUGAGUCCUGGUGGAGCAGCAUCAAUUUCUCUGGAACUGGAAAAUACAUGUGACCUKCAUGGCUCUUGUUUGGCUUUACCUGGAAGUGAGCAGAGUAAUUUCUUCAGAAAACCCAGCCAAGGCAGUUSUACUUACGAGCAGGACAGGGUAGGGAAAGAUUUACAAACGCCUGUGUGUGGCGACAGUGUCUGGCACAGUACCAGCCACGCUCCCACUCAGCCCAUGGGGACCUCAUCACACCUCAGCCCUGCUCUGUCCUCCCAGUGUAGGCUCUGCCACACGGGUAUGGGCACUGCUCUGGGACCACGAUCUGCUGGGAGGACACGGACUCUGGGCUCUCCUGGCAUCUACCUGGGCAUCGCUGCCAUCACAUGGGGCACGCUGCUGUGGGUGGAGGUGGGUGCCUGGACCUACCACUACAGUGACCAAGGGGACUACACGUGGGAGCAGGCCAGGAAUUACUGCCAGACCUUCUUUACCGACCUGGUGGCCAUCCAGAACCAGCAGGAGAUCGAGUACCUCAACAGGAGUCUGCCCUACCACGCUCGCUAUUACUGGAUCGGCAUCCGCAAGCUGGGCGGUGUCUGGACCUGGGUGGGCACCAGGAAGGCACUGACCAAGGAGGCAGAGAACUGGGCACUMGGGGAGCCCAACAACCGCCGCUCCAACCAGGACUGCGUGGAGAUCUACAUCCAGCGGCCGCAGCAGUCGGGCAAGUGGAACGACGAGCCCUGCAGCCGGAAGAAAAAAGCGCUAUGCUACCGGGCCUCCUGCCAGCCCUUCCCGUGCAGCCAGCGCGGUGAGUGCGUGGAGACCAUCGGGAGCUACCGCUGCGAGUGCUACCCUGGAUUCCACGGCCCUGAGUGUGCAGAGGUGGUGCAGUGUGCCGAGCUGGAGCCCAAGGGAGUGCACAUGAACUGCAGCCAUCCCUACGGAGACUUCAGCUACAACUCCACCUGCGAGUUCGGGUGCCAGGAAGGGUUUGARCGGCGAGGGGCGGGCAUGCUGCGGUGUCUGCUUUCCCAGGAAUGGUCAGCAAACAUCCCCACCUGUACAGCCAUCACCUGUCCAGYGCUCARUGCUCCAGAYCAGGGAGAGAUGAACUGCUCCCACCUCCAYGGWGACUUCASCUUUGGCUCCACGUGUGCCUUCUCCUGCCAGAUGGGGUUUGCACUGAUGGGGGCACAGAGCCGUGARUGCACAGCUACAGGGACGUGGACAGGGGAUACAACAAGAUGUGAAGCCAUCACCUGCCCAGUGCUCAGUGCUCCAGACCAGGGAGAGAUGAGCUGCUCCCAUCUCCAUGGGGAUUUCACCUUUGGCUCCACGUGUGCCUUCUCCUGCCAGACAGGAUUUGCACUGAUGGGGCCACAGAGCCGUGAGUGCACAGCCAUGGGGACAUGGACUGGAAACACCCCACACUGUGAAGCCAUCACCUGCCCAGUGCUCAGUGCACCAGAUCAAGGAGAGCUGAACUGCUCCCACCUCCAUGGGAACUUCAGCUUUGGCUCCACGUGUGCCUUCUCCUGCCAGAAGGGGUUUGUGCUGAUGGGGCCACAAAGCCGUGAGUGCACAGCCAUGGGGACAUGGACUGGGGACACCCCACACUGUGAAGCCAUCAGCUGCCCAGUGCUCAGUGCUCCAGAUGAGGGAGAGAUGAACUGCUCCCACCUCCAUGGGGACUUCACUUUUGGCUCCACGUGUGCCUUCUCCUGCCAGACGGGGUUUGCACUGAUGGGGCCACAGAGCCGUGAGUGCACAGCCAUGGGGACAUGGACUGGAAACACCCCACACUGUGAAGUCAUUGCCUGCCCAAUGCUCAGUGCUCCAGAUCAGGGAGAGAUGAACUGCUCCCACCUCCACAGAGACUUUGCCUUUGGCUCCACGUGUGCCUUCUCCUGCCAGACGGGGUUUGCACUGAUGGGGCCACAGAGCCGUGAGUGCACAGCUACAGGGAUGUGGACAGGGGAUGCAACAAGAUGUGAAGUCAUCACCUGCCCAGUGCUCAGUGCUCCAGCCCAGGGAGAGAUGAACUGCUCCCACCUCCAUGGGGACUUCAGCUUUGGCUCCACAUGUGCCUUCUCCUGCCAGACAGGAUUUGUGCUGAUGGGGCCACAGAGCCGUGAGUGCACAGCCAUGGGGGCCUGGACCGGGGACACCCCACAAUGCAGAGCCAUCACCUGUCCAGCACUCAGUGCUCUAGACCAGGGAGAGCUCAACUGCUCCCACCUCCAUGGAGACUUUGCCUUUGGCUCUGCGUGUGCCUUCUCCUGCCAGACAGGGUUUGUGCUGAUGGGGGCACAGAGCCGUGAGUGCACAGCCAUGGGGACAUGGACAGGGGAUGCCCCACACUGUGAAGCCAUCAAAUGUUCAGCACUGACCAUGCCCAAGAUGGGCCAGGCUGCCUGCUCACACCUCUAUGGGGACUUCACCUUUGGCUCCACGUGUGCCUUCUCCUGCCAGACGGGGUUUGUGCUGCUGGGGCCACAGAGCCGUGAGUGCACAGCUACAGGAACCUGGGCAGGGGAUUCCCCACAAUGCAAAGCUGUCAGCUGCCCGUUGCUGGCCCCUCCAAGCAAAGGCCAGCUGAGCUGCUCUCACAUUCAUGGGAACUUCACCUACAACUCCACGUGCACCUUUUCCUGCGAGGAGGGGUUCGUUCGGAUGGGAGCAGAGACACUCCGGUGUGAGGCCACAGGGAACUGGACCAGCAAUCCCCCUGUCUGUGCAGAGGAUGGUGCCUUCUUAAAGCAAGUCCUGGCUUACAGCAGUGGCUCAGCCCUGGCAUUAGCUGGUGUUGUGCUCUCCGGGGGGCUCAUUGCCCUCCUUGCCAARAGGCUCAGUGACAGAGAGGAGAAGAGGAAGCUCCUGAAACCCACCAGUGACCUAGGAGCACCGGGCACCUUCACCAAUGCAGCGUAUGAUGCCAACCUGUGAGCCUGCCCAAAGCCCAAACCCAUCGUGUUCCCGGUGCUGCAGGCCCAGCAGGAGMUGCUGCCAGGAUGCAGAGGGACUCCAUGCCUGUGGCUGCACCCACACCAGUGCUGGCUAUGGACACUGCCACCACASUGCAUUCCCCUGGGGAGGAGAACUGCCUCCAGGAAAAGCAGCUGGACACCCGCCAGGGAUGAAGGGCUGUGUGCUGGGGGCAGUGUGUCACACAGCCCUUGGACAUUUUCCCACCGGGAAUUUGGACAUUCUCCGAUAGCUGCUCCACUUGUGCUUCCACCAAUGAACUUGUGUCAGCAGGGUCUGAAUAAACACCUUU